ACCUUCUUACACAAUGAACGAGAGACCGACAUCGUCAACGGAUAUGAUUUGAAGGGAUCAGUGGGGGGCGCGGUUGGAGAUCCUGGGGAGACUGUAUAUAAAGUCCGCCGAAGUCGGUCGUAGAAACAUUCAAGCAAUCGCCGGACGAUACGAUGAAGACCCUCUUCAUCUCGUUUGCUCUGUGCGCUGUCGUUGCCGCGGCACCUCGUGAACGACGAGAAGCUGUCUUGGCCGAUCACGGAUAUUACGGGGGCCAUGGAGCUUACGGGGGCCACGGAGCUUACGGCGGCCACGGAGCUUACGGAGCUUACGGAGGUCUAGGCGGCUACGGCGGACACGGGGUGGCUCUUGCCGGACCAGUGCUGGGAGCGACGAGCGUCGCAGGUCCUCAUGUAGGUGCCACCGCUGUUGCCGGUCCAGCGAUAGGUUCGGCUCGAUUGUCCGGCUCGGCGGCUGGUCCCGUUCACGUUUCGGGCGCCGUUGCCGGUCCAGCUGUCGUCUCACCGUCAAUCGCCGGCCCAGCGCACGUGGAAGGCUACGGUGGUCCGUAUGACGGUGGCUAUGGUGGAGGUGAUGGUGCUUAUAUCGGAGGUUACGCAGGAUAUGCAGCUGGUCCUGCUUACGGCUACGCAGGAUACGCCGGCGGUCACGGUGGGCACGGCGGGCACGGCGGGCACGGCGCGCACGGAGUAGUCAUAGCCGGACCGGCCAGCCACGGCGCGGUUCUAGCCGGACCUCAUUCCGGAAGCGCGGCUGUUUCUGGACCGCACGCUGGUUCGGUGGUAAUCGCCGGUCCUUCCGGAAAGAUCACCGCUCACGGAAGCGGUUACGGUGCCGCCAUCCACGCCGGACUUGGCCACGGUCACGGUCACUGGUAACGCAUAGAAAAGUCGUCUGCGAAGCGCAAAAAAAGAGGAUCAUUUCUCUGAAUACACCGUCGGGUAAAAUAAUGUCUCUUCAGCGUUUUUUUAAGAAAAAUUUUAAAAGUAUUAUAGAUAUAUAUAUAUAAUAAUAUAAAGUUGCUAUAACACGACGACGCUCGUCGCGCUUGAUACU